UCACUCGAACAGUCGCUGAUUGCUUUGAAGUCAUAAUAGAGCUGCCACACGUGGACUUUUAUUCAUCGCACUCUUGACUGUGUGUGUCGCUUUCAUAACGGAGCUGAGAGUCUGAAGAAGAAACUCGUCUUCACUCCACGCAAAGAUUUUGAACCUGACCUGUAAACGUAGUCGAACCACGCCAGUGAGAAAUAAUGACUGCCGUUAACUUACCACGCGACAAGUAUAAUGCUGUAUGGAUUAUAUUUUUCAUCCUGGGGCUGGGAACCCUUCUGCCAUGGAACUUCUUUAUGACAGCCACCCUUUACUUCACCAGCCGUCUCCAAAAUCCUGCUACAAAUGUAGAUCAUCAGAAUCAGACCCACAAUAACACAUUGGAAGAAGGUGACAGACGUAGCAUCCUGGAAUCGAAGUUCAACAAUGUGAUGACUCUGUGUGCCAUGGUGCCGCUGCUCAUCUUCACCUGCCUUAAUUCCUUCAUUCAUCAAAGGAUUCCUCAGAAAUUGAGGAUCUCCGGCAGCCUCUCUGUGAUCCUGGUGGUGUUUCUGAUCACCGCUGUGUUGGUUAAGGUGGACAUGGCACCUCUGUCCUUUUUCACCUUCACCAUGAUCAAAAUCAUCUGCAUCAACUCAUUUGGUGCGAUUCUUCAGGGGAGUCUCUUUGGGUUGGCAGGAAUGCUCCCAGCUUCCUAUACCGCUCCCAUCAUGAGUGGUCAAGGGUUCGCCGGAACGUUUGCAGCCUUUUCCAUGAUCUGUGCACUUGCCAGUGGCUCCGCGCUUCAGGACAGUGCUUUUGGCUAUUUCAUCACUGCCUGUGUUGUAAUUGUUUUGGCCAUCCUUUCUUACGUUGUCCUGCCCAAAAUGGAAUUUUUCAAGUAUUAUGCAGACCCCAGUAUCCCCAAAGCUUGCAGUGAUGAUGAAAACAAGAUGGACCUGUUGAACAAAGAUGUUCCAGAAAACCCUGGGGAGAAAAGGGCAGUGCUGUGUCUGACUGAUGAGGAGACCGCACAUACCAUAUCAGUGUUUGCCAUCUUUAAAAAGAUCUGGGUGAUGGCCCUUUCAGUGUGCUUUGUCUUUACCGUCACGAUUGGAACAUUCCCUGCUGUGACUGUGGAGGUCAGCCCCUCUGCAGUUCAAACGGCUUAUUGGAAAAUGUACUUCAUUCCUGUGUUCUGCUUCUUGUUCUUUAACCUGAUGGACUGGGCUGGACGAAGCUUAACUGCAAAGUGCACAUGGCCUGGUAAAGACAGCAUCUGGCUGCCUGUGCUGGUGUUGGCUCGUGUCGUGUUCAUCCCCCUCUUCGUUCUGUGCAAUGUACAGCCCAGGAACUACCUCCCUGUUGUGUUUGCACAUGAGGCCUGGUACAUCAUUUUCAUGAUCGUCUUCUCAUUCAGCAACGGCUACCUGGCCAGCCUGUGCAUGUGCUUCGGACCCAAGAAAGUGUCCCAGCAUGAAGCAGAGACAGCUGGGGCCAUCAUGGCCUUCUUUCUGUCCUUGGGUCUGGCGCUGGGAGCUGCACUGUCGUUUGGAAUCAGGGCAAUGAUCUAGAAGUUUUUACUCAGUAUUCUACCUUCUCGGGGAAGGAAAGAAACAUUUGCCAAACUGUGCCUUUUGGAAACGCAUGGAAAUUUUAAUCUAAUCAGGCUUCCAAGUUGAACUGAACCUAGUACUCUGCCAAAACAGAAAAUCUCGCAUAUUCAGAAGAACAUUUUCUUGGUUUCCACCUGCUCUUUAGAAACCUGGAACAGACAUUAUGGAUUGGAUUGGUGAAGGAAAGAGAACUCUUCAUCACAAACUGUUCAAUUAAAAGCCAAAAAAAAAAAAAAGUUGAUUAGCUUGUUUUUCCGCUUUGCCUGUUCAGUUUUUUUUUCUCUCUUCAGUUUGAAAUAGUCAUAGAAGGCUCAUGAAAUAUUUGUUUAUUGACUAACUAUAUUCUGUUGUAUUUUUGGCUCUCAGGUUGUUGUUUUUUUAAGUAUUUAACAUUGCUUUUUUUAAGAAGUGCUAGUACUAAUGUAGAACCUCACUUAAAAAGGGGGACAGUACAGUUCAGUACAGUGCAGUUACCACACUGUAACAGGACUCAUGCCUGUGCUGAUGAAGAAACGGGCAACAUAUUUAUUUCUCCUGUAACUGCAUGUGGUGAUUGAGAAGAACAGAAUUAUUUUGAAUAGAAUUAUAAAGAAUAGAAUUAUUUUGGAAUAUUUUUCAUCUUUUUAUAUGUAUAACAUGAAAUGUAGGGAGGGAAUGUACUGAAAAUGUACAGUAUUUGUUCUGGACAAAAUGUUUUUCAAAGGGAAGCAUUUUAGAUUCUGCAGCACCAACAUGGACAACAUACCACAGUAAAAGAGUGCAAGCAGCCAGAAUGAAUUCUGAAUAUUUGGCAAGUUCUUCUGUUUCAUGUCUGUGUGACAUUUGUCAGUGUGCCAAGAUUUUAGUUUUGAAUCCUGUUUGUAAAAAAAUGUAUUUGAAAUAUUUAUUAACAGGCUGUAACAGGUGCCAUUAUGAGUGAGUUUUGCAUAAACAGGUUGUCAGUUCUCUUAUACGCCUGUCUGUGCUUGAGAUGCAUGGCUGCCAACUGCCCUGAAGUUUUCAUAUUUGUUACAAAUUUGCAAAUAAAAUAUGAAAAUACAA